AACGCAAGGUGAUGUGAUACGAUUCAAAUAGGGACACAGACGUAAUUAGACGUGAAGAAUGCAAAGCUUGCAAACAAAACUGCAAGGUCGCAGCGCCGCCUACGGUGUUGCGGACUUGCAUGCUCCCUGCAGCCGUCAAGUAGUCUCGACGCCAGUAACUGGGCGUUCUGCUGGUCGGAGGACGUGCCAUGGCUUCCGCAGAGCCGCAGCCCUAAGCGGCGGCAGGGUGCGCACCGUCGUCGUGCGCGCAGAAGCCGCUACUUCACCAUUCCCAAAGAAGAAUGCACGUCUGGUACUGGAAGACGGCUCAGUAUGGCACGCGACGGCGUUUGGUGCGAGCGGCACGGAGAUAGGCGAGGUCGUGUUCAACACAUCCUUGACGGGAUACCAGGAGAUUAUGACGGACCCGUCCUACAAAGGCCAGUUUGUCGCUUUCACGUGUCCUCACAUCGGCAACGUCGGGAUCAACUAUGAGGACGUGGAAUCUAGCAAGUGUCAUCUGGGGGCGAUCAUCGUCCGCGACCUCUCGUGCGUGGUAUCGAACUAUCGCUCCAAGAUGAGCCUUGACGCAUACUGCAAAAAGGAAAAUGUGAUUGGGCUUGCGAACCUUGACACCCGCGCGCUCACCAAGGUGCUGCGCGAGACUGGAUGCCUGGUCGGCGUCGUUACCACGGAUGCCUCCAAGUCAGACGAGGAACUGGUCAACAUGGCUAAGUCGUGGACGAUCGUUGGAAAGGACCUGUUGUCAGUUGUGUCGUGUACAGAGCCGUACGAGUGGGGCAAGGGCACGACGGAGGAGUGGGAGUUCAACGGCCGCACGAAGCUCUCGAAGCAGCACGGACCAUAUCACGUGGUUGCCUACGACUUCGGCAUCAAGACCAACAUUCUCCGCCGCCUGGCUUCCUUCGGUUGCCGCAUCACGGUGGUGCCCGCCACCUACCCGGCCUCGGAGGUGCUCAAGAUGAACCCGGACGGCGUCUUCUUCAGCAACGGCCCGGGUGAUCCGUCGGCUGCCCCCUACGCCGUGGACAACGCCAAGGCCAUCCUGGGCAAGAAACCCGUGUUCGGUAUCUGCAUGGGCCACCAGGUUCUUGGUCAGGCGUUCGGUGGCAAGACGUUCAAGCUCAAGUUCGGACACCACGGAGGCAACCACCCCAUCCGCUACAUGCCCACAGGCCGUGUUGAAAUCUCGGCCCAGAACCACAACUUCGCUGUUGACCCGGCUACGUUGCCCGCGGGUGUGGAGGUGACCCACGUCAACUUGAACGACGGGACAUGCGCAGGUAUGGUGUACAAGGAGAAGAAGGCCAUGACCAUCCAGUACCACCCGGAGGCUUCCCCCGGGCCGCACGACGCCGACAUUUGCUUCGAGCAGUUCGUUGAGAUGAUGCGGGCUGAGCGGGUGUAAAUGUGCUGACUGCAUGGCCAUGAACGGGCGCCUAAGGGGGCAUGGAUGGACGUUUCUGGAACGUUUGUGGGCUUUCCUGGCAUUAGUUAGGGUGUUGUUCCGCAAUGGAUGGAAUGGCGCUGAAUCGGUGAUGAAUCGGUGAUGAACGUGCGUAAUGGCUACUGCUAUCCCGCCAUCAGGGUUCUUGCGACCUAGUGUUGUUUGGGGGUGAUGCUUUUCUGACGGGAUUGACUUGGGAACGGGAGGAGGAGGUGUUAUGGAGGUCUUAUGGUUUUUGUGGCUGUGCAACGUGCGUGCCUGACUUGGUAAAUGUUUUGCUGGUGCUCAAGCUGAGGAAAUGAUAUAACAGAGUGCAUGCAAAGCCUUGCCUCUGUGCUGCUAGUGACUCGAGAAAGGUGUAUGUAAUAGCAUCGGCUGGGACGAGGCAAGUUGCUCCUCUUAGCGUGCGGUUAAAUGUUGAAGCAAUUGCUUCAUCUUGCGGUUUCAACGGGUGGAACCUCGAAGUAUUGUAUAUUAACAUGUUUUUACGUGUAGAAGCGGUAGAGGAGCAGAGUCGAGACGAUGACUUGGCAUGCGCGACUCAGUUUCCCUCGAUAAAGAAGCCGGCAUACGCCGCAAGUCAAUAUGUAAUGAGAGAAGAGGAG